AUGUGUCCAACAGUGUCAACGUGCUCCAGCUCAGCAUCGUUGUGGACGGACGCAGAGCUCCUUGAUGCAUUUGACCGGCACCACUGCAGCAUGGCCCCGCCGGCGUACCUAGCGGCAGAGUGUAGAUUAGACACGUUCAGGUUCAGAACGUCGCGAACUCACCUGCUAAAGAUCCGACACGUCGCAUCUAGGAUGGAUCCAGGCCGCCCAGCCAGGAGCGCAGUAAUUCUGUCUUGCUCGCCCCAGCUGUCGAAACCGUUUCCCUCCUCGAUGGACGCACAGCCCGAGGUUGCCUAG